UUUACUGUUGGCAGGGAUCAGAUUGGUCAAAAACAGGGACAUUUGGGACAUUUCUUGUAAAAAAAAACUGGGACAAAUCAAUGGUUCUGGAUCAAAACUGGGUUUGUCCAGGGUAAAUAGAGAUUGUUGUCACCCUACAUUACUUUCUAUUCUCAUUUACCUGCCUUUUAAAGUUUGUAAGAGUCAUAGGGUGCAAAGCAUUGACAAAGUUUUGUAUUCUGUUCAAUUAUGACGCAGUUUAAAGUGUUGACAACAUGAAUAAGAAUAUAAUAUAGCCUUUUUUAAUCUCCAUGUGCGUGAGUUCUUGGUAAUAACAGAGUAUGUAGUGUGUGUGAGUUUGUGCGUGUGUGUUUCUGUCAUUGUUUACGGUCAGACCAGUGUAAGUAGGUCAUGGGUAAGGGGAGCUAUGUUAUCUGCUCAACCACUGGCCUUGUAUGAACCGCUGUGCCAAGGCUCGACUGAUGCCUAGAGUCUGGACUAAACCUGAGCCGAGGAGCAGGACCUGAUCCACAGUGGUGCUGCCAUGUCCAGAAGAAGCCGAAACAGCCGGGCAUGGCGAUAUGUAUGGGGAGGAAUAAGACAAGACGCAGAUGCCCGAGCUCUUGUGUUGGCCUCUGAGAAUGAGGACUGGGGUUAUGAGCGCCUAGAGUACAGUGAUUCAGACUCUGAGGCAGACUUCUCAUCAGUCAUGGCCCCCCCAGUCCCCAGUGCUGUGCCUGUUACUGGAGAGUCAUACUGUGGCUGUGAUUCACAAGCUGACACCAGCUACAAUUCCAGAUUAAGAGGUUUUCACCAAGUGAAAGACUGCCACUGUGGAGAGGAUGAUCAAGAUUUCGACUGGGUUUGGGAUACUAGCAGCAGAUCCACAGCAACAUUACUGAGCUGUGACAACCGCAAAGUAAACUUCCACUCUGAAUACAGCUGUGGCACUGCUGCAGUGCGUGGCUCCAAAGAGCUGGUGGAAGGGCAGCACUUCUGGGAGAUCAAGAUGACAUCCCCAGUGUAUGGGACAGACAUGAUGGUCGGAAUUGGUACUUGUGAUGUUAACCUGGACAAAUAUAGGCAUACAUUUUGCAGUCUGUUGGGAAAGGACGCUGACAGCUGGGGCCUUUCUUACACUGGUCUGUUGCAUCAUAAAGGAGAGAAGAUGAAUUUCUCUACUCGCUUUGGACAAGGUUCUAUUAUUGGUGUCCAUCUGGACACUUGGCAUGGAACCCUUACAUUUUUUAAGAAUCGCAAGUGCAUUGGUGUUGCUGCUACAGAACUACAGAAUAAGCGGUUUUAUCCAAUGGCGUGCUCAACAGCAGCAAAGAGCAGUAUGAAGGUAAUCCGUUCCUGCUCCGCACCCACCUCCCUGCUCUAUCUCUGCUGUGCACGUCUCCGUCAACUGCUCCCAGACUCUGUAGACACUCUCGAUGUGCUACCACUGCCACCCGGUCUCCGUCAUUUAUUACAUAACAAACUUGGAUGGGUGCUGAGCCUCAGCAGUGGCAGUAUAGAGGAGACUCUGGAUGAGCCCGAGCAGUCUCCAGAUCUACCUGUCCCUGCUCUGGCUGGACCGUCCUCCUCAGAGAGCGACUCGGAGGGCUGCACUUCAGACCCUGAAGCCUGUCAGAGGAAGAGAUGUCGCUGGACAUAGACUUGUUCCUACCUCCUUCUAAACACUGGCACUGUCGUAUGGCAUCUAAUCCAGUAGUUACUUGUCUAUCUGACACCGACCUUCAAACAGUCCAUUCAAGAAAUGAGUUCAUGAAAGUUUAGGAGUUACACAUUUCAACAAUACGAAAUUGUCUCUGAAAAGUGAAGCCUUGAUUAUAAGACAUUGAGUUUCUUUUUUAUUUUGAAGUUAUGCAAAUGCUUUACACUGUUUUUCAGUUUACAACUAACCAUGGUGUCUGUUGCUGUAACUGUUGCAUAUACUAAAACAGAAUAACUGUUAAAAAAUAAGGUAUUUUUCACCUUUACCUGUAAAAUUAAAUAUGUAAAAAAAAUCAUUAGGGUAUUUUUAAAAGUAAAUUUAACAGAAUAAUAGAAUCUUGCGUGUCUUAACUAUUUACAUUUCUUCCCGUAUAAUAUUCAUUUUGAAUAUGAAUGGCAAAAGAUGCACAUAUAUUUUAAGUUUGUCAGAUGUUCUAAGCAAUUUUAAUGUUUUGUUGUUUAAUGUAAUGUUGCUGGAUUUUAUGCAAGUUAUUCUUUUGGUGCUUUGUGUAUUCACUCCUGUAACAAUUAUGGACCAUUCUGAUCUGCCUGUUGGGUCCUUCAUGAGAGGAUGUGUUUGUUGAGUGGUGGCCUCACAAUUUCAGUGAUUUUUUCUUUUCUUUUUUUUAUCCCAUGAAAGGUAUUGUGUAUCACGCUAAAUGUAAUCAAAAUGUUGCCAUCUGGAAUUACUUUCACUUUAAAUAGUGGGCUGUAGAAUUUCUAGCUCUAGUAUGACUCUAUAUGUAAACAAAUUAUGCAUAUAGUCAUCUAAUGUAAACAGUGUUAUCCUCUUGAUUAGAUGGUAGGAUUCACCACAAAAUGAAAGACCGCCAAACUCAUAGCCUCUUGUUCAUUUCGGUUAACGUCGUAAGCUGCAAUGGACCAAGCCUUUUAUGUGAUAUUUCCUAUCUGGAACAGUGACAACGUGAUAUCACAAAUGUAAAAGUCGCAAUUGUUUGUAAUGAAGCCAAUGCGUCUUAUUCACAGUAUUUGUCUUCAUGUUAAAUGCAUCUAAGCACUUUUUAUGACUGUAAAUACAAAAUUAUUUCCUCUAUUAUAUCUCAUGAAAUAAAGCUGUAUGUUACAAGCCUUUUCUGUAUAAGUUAUAAGCAUGAUUUUCCACUCAAAAUAAAACAAACGCUUAAUA